AAAUAAAAAGGUUGCAUCAGCAGAAGAAAUAAUCAAAAUUAAGCAAGAAAAUUUCGUAAUUCUCUCACUUCAAGGUGCAAGCCUGCAAGGACUAUAAUUAUAUGGCAGACAAAGACAGUCUAUACAGCAUUGAGCAAUACUUGGGCUUAGCUGCUUCUGCAAAAGCAACCUCAGGAAAUUUAUAUCCAUUUGGCCAAGCCCCACCUUCAUCAGUUCACCUCGGAUUUCAGCUGGAAGAAGAGUCUGUGGACUUCUCUGAAUUAGUGAAAGCCUGUGAGCAAAAGGACUACUACAGUCAAACUACUAACGACUAUUACUCAUCUGGCUAUUGGUAUCAACAGAAACCUCCCGGGAUGCCGAUUCGCAGUGAAGAGGAGACAUCUACACUUGUAGGAGUAGGAACCACUUCUAAUCCUCAUGAUGUAACAAACGUUUCCGCUAACCCAACACUACCGCCUGUAGCAUCCAGUCUCUCUGCUCCUUCUCCUCCUCCCACAGUUCAAGACACAGCAGCCAGGACCCGGCAAACGACAAAAAAGCAGAAGAUUAAUGACAAGUGCACUGAUGACUAUAAGGACAAGAGGCACAGGAACAAUAUCGCAGUUAGAAAGAGCAGAAGUAAGUUUAGAAAGAGAGUGCUGGAGACAGAGAAAAGAGUACAAGAGCUUGAAGAAAAUAACGCAAAGUUGAAAAACUAUGUUGCUCUCCUUCAAAAAGAGCUCGCAGUGUUAAAAGGAUUAUUUUCCUCUGCUUCUAAUGCAAGUGGCGAUGAAAGAUAUUCGUGAUCAGGACAUGUGACUUAGAGACAGACACAAACAUUAUUACUUAAGUGUCUUCAUGCAAUCAUUCACUAAUAUUUAAUCUCUUAGCUAUAAUAUUAUUUGUUACCAAUAAAUUUAUGUAUAAAAUUUCAAUGAAUUGAUGGAAUGAAAUGAAAAUAAUUUUA